AUGGCGGAGCCAUUCACUCGCUCCGUGUCGCAGCUCGUCUGCGCUCAGAUUUGCGAGUCUUUCGGCUUCCAGUCCAUCCAACGGUCAGCGCUCGAGACCCUGUCCGACAUCCUGACUCGCUUCAUCACCAGCGUUGGCGACGCCGCACACGCGCACGCGGAGCUCGCAGGGCGAACCGACGCUAACGCCAACGACGUCGCCCUUGCGUUAUCCGACGUCGGCACGUCGCUCGGCGAUCUCGCUCGCUUCGUCGAAUUCGCGGACGACAUCUCGUCGCCAUCGUUGGCGCAAGCCGUCCCGUCCUUCCCCGUGCCCAGAAACCCGCGCUUCGUCGCCGCCAGUUUCCUUCAGAGCGGGGAGGAUCCUCCUCCCCGUGGCGACAUUCCCGAGUGGCUGCCGGCGUUACCGGACCCCCACACGUACAUCGCCACGCCGGUGUGGGAGGCUCGGGGGCAGGAUAAGCGGCAGGAUCGGGUGGAGGAGGGGCGAGAGCGGCGGCGCGCUGAGCAGUCACUCGUGUCGCUGCACCAGCGCAUGGGGAUGGUCACGGCGGGCGGCGCGCAGGCGCGCGGUGGUGCUGGCGGCGGGCGGCUGCUGUGGGGCGGAUGGUCUCACGUUGGCGCGGGGGACGACCUCCUCGCAAGGCCAGGCGCGGGGAUCUCCGCGCCCGUGGCCACUGGUGCGGCGCCCGCAGUGCGCAACGACGAGGGCGCGGAGCGGGGCGAGGGGCGGAAGAAGCGGAGGAGGGAGUCAGACGGCGGGUGGGUAGCGGGUCAGGUUCCUUCCGCGCUGGAUGCCUUCCCGGGACUGAUGAUGGCCGCGGGCAGGGCGCGGGGCGGGGGAGCAGCAGGUGAGGGGGGUGAGGAAAGCGAGGAGGAGGAUGAGUUAGAGGAAAUAGAGGAAAGGAAUGGGGACGCGAUGGCUGUGGAUGGUGAUAUUGUGGUGGUGGAGGGCGGAGAGGAGAGGAAUGGUGGUGGUGGCAGUGGGGCCGAGGGAAUCCAGGCAGAGGGGAAUAAGGGCGAGAGGGUGAAGGAGGUUGGUUGGAGUGGGUGGUCGGCAAUGGAGAGGGCUUCAGGGGCGAGUGCUCCGGGGGUGUCGUUUCACCUAGGCAGCAAGAUCAAGGCCAAGCUUGGAGCUGCCAGAAUGCAGUUGCCUGUUGUGCUGAGGGAGGCAAAACCAAAGGCCGGGCAAGCGAAAGAAUGUGUUUUUCGUCCAAUCAUCGCUGGUCAGAGGGCCCUUUCGCGGAGACCGCGCAACCCCAUUCUCCCUUUCGCAAAUGACGCAAGCAUGCCAAUCAACGCACCGCACGACAGUUUCUUCUCUGCUUCCUCUCGACCCAACUCGCCGUGUGCUCUGCAACCAGACACGUGUCCAAUCACGCCUUCCCCUGCCACCACCAAGCAGCAUCGCAAGGCGGAUCGCUCACAAACGAAGGCUAGCAAAAACGCGAAGCAGAAUGCCUCGAAUCGCCAAUCAGUGUUAGGCCUGCCACCGUCAAAUACACGACUCGAGAGCAAUUAUUUGAUAGGUCGCGAGAUCGGCCGCGGAUUGUACGGCGUGGUUCGCGUGGUGACGCACAGGAAGUCGCACGAGCGAUACGCGUGCAAGACGGUCGACAAGCGUCGCAUGUCGCAGGAUCAGCUCGCACGACUCCGCACGGAGUUCGACAUUCUCAAGCGCGUAUCAACCCACCAAUCCGUAGCGGCCCUUGUCGACCAAUACGAGGACUCCACGUGCGUGCAUUUCGUCCUGGAGCUCUGCACUGGAGGGACGCUGUACGAUAUCCUCACGACGGCCUCUAUCGCGGAUGAUGCCUCCGCUGUAGAUCACUCUGAGAGCAGCACCAGUCCUGCCGCUGCCACAACCAGCACACGCAGCAGCAGCGGAAGCACCGCCAGCCGCAGCAGUAGCAACGCAAGUGGGAGCGCAUCGUCGAAGCGGAUGAGCGAGGCGCAGGCGAAGCAGGUGAUGCGGCAGCUCGCAGAGGCGGUGGCGCGGCUGCACGCGGAGGGCGUGGUGCACCGCGACCUGAAGCUCGAGAACAUCGCUUUCAUGGAUGCGCGGGACGCCAGGGAGGGCGCGUCGCACCCUGACGGCAGCACACACCAUGGCUCGACCAGCAGCCGCAGCACAAGCACAAGCCGCCAUUUCCCCAGCAUAGGCAGCGCCAGCAGCUUGGUCUCUGAUUUGAGUGGCAGUGAGGCCGACAGCGACUGCACGGGUUCCCUGGCGUCCUCCUCUGCGCCCUGCUCCCCCGCCUUCUCCGCGCCCUGCCCUCCCCUCAAGCUCCUAGACUUUGGUCUGUCCACGUGGCACAAGUCAGCAGACGGGCAGCGGCUGGCGGAAAUUGCGGGGACGGCGUAUUAUGUGGCGCCAGAGGUGCUGAGGAAGCAGUACGGCAGCGAGUGUGACGUGUGGAGCAUGGGGGUCGUUCUUUACAUGAUGCUUACUGGAUCUCCACCCUUCUGGGAUGUUUCGGAAGAGGCAAUCUGCUCUGCCGUCUUGGCAGGCCACUAUGACAUGGUCAGUGCACUAUGGCCGUCCAUCUCACCUGCUGCCAAGGACCUCGUCAGGCGCAUGCUGCAGACUGACCCGGUCAAGCGAAUCACAGCAAUUGAAAUCCUAGAGCAUGAGUGGAUCUCCUUCUAG